GUGUUUUUGGCUCAAAAAAGCCUUUGCGUACGCUGUUUAGCACGCUUUCGUCGUCAGCGAUACAAGCGCAUGGCCCUGGCACUCCUCCGCCGCGCGAGCACCCUGCGCCGCUCGCUGGCCACGUACGCAAAGGUCCAAGACAGGGACACCACUGUGGCAGCCCUGCGAUUACGAGGCUGGAAGGACCAAGCACCUAAGAGGGACGCCGUCGCGAAGCGCUUCGAGUUCGCGAGCUUCAACGAAGCGUUCGGCUGGAUGUCGCGAGUAGCGUUACAAGCGGAAUCCGUAGAUCACCAUCCCGAGUGGACGAACCUCUACUCCAUCGUCGAGGUCACGCUCACGACACAUGCGGUAGACGGUUUAUCGGACCGCGACGUUCAAAUGGCCGAUUUUAUGGACCAUGCGGCGGCGCGCUUCGCGCCCAAGCCCUUCAAAUGAAAUUGCUUCUAUUCUCGUCAGUGGCGGCGCUGACGGACGUGGACAAGCUGGGUAUCGUUGGCGACUACCAUAUAAAGUCGUCCCACAGUGUAGAUGGCUACUGUCCCAUGCCCGAUGCAUUUGACUGGCCAUCGAUGCCCGGGCCCCGCGUUUAUUAUGACUCGGAGCGGUACGCGCUGCCCCUGUCGAUAGCAGUCGAUGCAGCGCCGGCGGCCUCCGUCUCGGCUCUGUUGCUGGCGUGUUGUGGCGCGAGCGGGGUCAAACAGGACGGGAACAACAACCGCUGGUACGUGCGGAGCAACCCGUCCUCGGGCAAUCUCCACCCCGUCGAGACCUAUGUCCUACUGAACGAGCGCCUCUACCACUACGAUGCGAUGUCGCACUCGCUGGAGCAGCGCGCCGCCAACGCCACCGCACCGGUCGCGGUCUCAAGGGACGCCGUCGUCGUGCUGCUCUCGGCCAUAUCGUGGCGCGAGGAGUGGAAGUACGGCCUGAGGGGGCCAAGGUACACGUACUUGGAUGCCGGCCACGCCAUCGGUGCCGUCCUGCAGGCGGCGCGGGCGUUUGGGUGGAUAGGAUACGUUGCGGACCACCUGGCAGACGCGGAGUUGGCCGCUCUCUUGGGCAUAAACGAUUCUCUCGAGGCACCGGUCGCGGCGAUCGUGCUGGAUCGCCGCGACGGCGUGGCGGCGGCGCCCCAGCCUACGGGUGACGUUACGUGGUACGGCGCGGCGCGACCGCUCGCGCCGCGGUCGUGGUCUCACUCCGCCGUCGACGCGCUCGCGAGCGCAGUCGUCAAGCCAACGACGCCGCCGCGGCAGCCCUAUGUUGACGAGGCGGGACCGGCUACAAGCGCGGAGGCCUACGUCCGGCUCGCGCGGCGGCGGCGCACGGCGCUCGCAUUUGCGAGGAAUACAACGACGAGCGCUGCGUUCUUCGAGACGUUGCAUGCCGUUCUGGACGAGGCGCGGCGCUUCGAGGGCGUGCAGGUAUCGCCCCUGCUGGUUUUUGUGCACGGCGUCGACGGCAUCGAACCUGGAACGUACCUCGUCAACCCGGGCGAGCUCCUCUCGCGCGUCCCGGCGGUGCCAGUCUCCUGGCCCCCCGAGGCGUACCUUAUCUCAGCCGGCGACGUCCGAGCGGCGACGGCGGCCGCAGCGUGCCACCAGGCGAUCGCGGGCGACGCGGCGUUCGUAAUUGCGUUCUUGGCUGAUAUGGGAGCGGCCUUCUCUGAGCCGCCGGCGCCCUACAUGUAUCCACGCCUCUUCUGGCAGGCCGGGGCGCUGGGUCACAGACUCUACCUCGCGGCGACGGCGCGCGGUCUCGGCGCGUCGGGUAUCGGAUGUUUUUUCGAUGAUGCGGUCCAUGCAUUUGUGGGCCUCUCAGACGAGCGCUUCCAGGCGCUCUACUUGGUCGCCGUCGGGGCGGCGCUGCCGGACGAGCGACUGCUCGCCGAGGACCCGUUCGUCGGGCUCCGGGGGGAGGGCGUGUCAUUUACUGUGUAAGUGCUACUAAGUCACCCC